AUGUACUUGGUGAUCCACAUCGACCCAUCCUUGGUGCCAGCGACGCACCAGGCCACGAUCCUCCAUGAAAGAAUUCAUGGCCCCAUAACGGAGGCUGCCACUUGCCGGUUGCCAGGUAGUACCCCGACGGCUGCCGUGCGAACCCCGAGACAGCGUCCAGAAUGUCAAGGGCCCCGUGCUCGGAAGACUCAGAAGACACUUGCAGGUCACAUGCGAGUAAAGGGGCAGCUCCUCCGACAUGCCCAGUCAGGAUUCAUAACGGAGCUCUACGGGGACCUGUACUUCAAUGGCAUCCGCCUCAACGACAGCGCCACCCUGGAUGCCUUGGGCAUUCCAAGUGAGGCAGAGGUGGCGGUGCGACCCAGGCGGCGCCAGGGCGCAGCCCUGCGAGGGGCCGCCGCCGCUUCGCGGGCCGCGCGCCCCGGGUCUCAGCUUUUCUCUUUACUGCUAUCUCGUUGA